AUGUUCCUGGCCACCACCCAAAGAUUCUACUCUGCCGCGAAGGGACCUGUUAGACUAGGGCGUCCAAGCAAUAAUUUAACGAGCGGGAUAGUUGGGCUAGCUAAUGUCGGCAAAUCAACAUUUUUUCAAGCCAUCACAAACUCCAAGCUCGGCAACCCUGCCAACUAUCCUUUUGCGACCAUUGAGCCCGAAGAGGCUAAAGUGGUUGUUCCCUCUGAACAGCUGGAUCAUUUACAGAAAUUAUACGCAAGUUCUAAAAAGGUGCCGGCGGUUUUGACGAUAUACGAUAUUGCAGGGUUGACUAGAGGUGCCUCCAAAGGCGAGGGUUUGGGGAACAAGUUUUUGAAUGAUAUCAGACAUGUGGACGGUAUCUUCCAAGUUGUGCGAGGAUUCGCGGAUCCAGAGAUAACACAUAUUGAGGGCACCGUGUCCCCCAUUCGAGACCUCAGCAUUGUCCAAGACGAGUUAGUUUUAAAAGACCUCGAAUUCUUGGAGGGGAUCAGAGAAAAGCUAGACCGUAAAAUAUCAAAGGCGGCUAAAAGCUCGGGUGAGUUCAAAUACAUGAGUGCAGAGUUGGAGCUGCUUAACGCUCUUGAAGAUCACAUGUAUGAAGGCAAGAAGAUUGCACACUUCAAAGAUGAUUGGACGCCCGAAGAGGUGAGUAUUUUGAACAAGCAUAACUUUCUCACAGCAAAGCCCACCAUAGUGCUUCUAAAUGUUAGCCCAAAGAACUUUUUAUUGCAACAAAAUAAAUACCUGAAUGAUGUCAACGAUUGGAUGGAAAACUAUUCACCAGGAGACCAAGUGUUACUGUUUAGCGCUGAAUUUGAAACAAAGUUCAACGAAUUUAUGGCUGAUAAUGAUGUCGAGGGUCUGGAUUUAUAUUGCAAGUUGCAAUCAGGAGGCGAGGUGGAUCAUAAAGAAACCUGUCUACCCCGUCUUAUUCACGAAAUGAGAAAAGCCCUGGGACUGAUUAGCUUUUAUACGUGCGGUCCUCUUGAAGCACGUCAAUGGACUAUCCGAGAGGGUACCCUUGCACCGCAGGCAGCAGGAGUGAUCCAUACCGAUCUCGAAAAGACGUUCAUCAGCGCCAACAUCACGAAAUUCUCAGACCUUGCGUUCAUGGCCCCCCCGCUCAAAGAAUCACAACUAAAAGCACAGGCUCUCGUGAAACGGGGUGGAAAGCAGUAUGAAAUGGAAGAUGGGGAUGUAGUGCUUUUUAAGGCGGCGGGUGCAGCCUCAAGAUAA